AUGAUGAGCACAGUAAAAUCAUUGAACCCGUUUGAUCUGGAACCGCCUGAGUCAGUUGGCCCUCGUUGGGAGAAAUGGCUGGCUCGUUUCGAUAAUUAUUUGAUUGCUGCAAACAUCACGGAAGACCAGCGGCAGAGAGCCCAGCUCUUGCACGGUGGCGGUGAGGAGGUGUUUGAUGUCUACCUCACCUUUGACAGCAGUAGUAUUACAAGUUACGACGACUUGAAGGAUGCUCUGACGGCUCACUUCAGUCCGAAGCGCAAUAGGGAAUACGAGAUCUCCUUGUUCCGCCGUGAGAAACAAUCUCAGUCGGAGACCCUUGAUAGCUACGUAACUCGUCUUAGGCGUUUGGGCAAGCACUGUCAGUUUGCAGAUAUGGACACAGAGCUAAAGUCUCAGGUCGUACAGCACUGUGUGUCGUCGAAGGUACGUGAAAAGGCUUUCAGGGAGAGCAGCAUGUCAUUGGCAGACCUCCUUACUUAUGCACAGUCAGUGGAAGUCACAAUGUCGUCUGUGGCAGCCAUGGCCGGGGCCAGCAGCUUCAGCAAGCCUGAACAUCCCCAAGUCAAUAAGGUGGAGAGGCGACACCCAUCAAGUCGUGACCAGCCCAGUCCUUCCAGUAAGACCGUUCGCAAAUGUAGCGGAUGCGGGGGGAAAUGGCACGACAACCGCUCGGAUUGCCCAGCAUGGGGCAAGACGUGCAAGUCCUGCAGCAGGUCGAAUCAUUUCGCAAAGGUAUGCCGGACGAAGGCUGUGCGUCAGUUUUCUGAGCAGAGAGCCUCUGAGUUCGCAUCACCUGACCAGACGGCGGAAUACAGCGUUGAGCUGCACCACACCAGUUGCUCGGGUCAUGUGCGUUCCAACGUGGAUCCUUAUAGGUGGAGUGUGAGUCUUGCUGGCAAUCCUGUUGUGUUUGAGAUAGACACCGGAGCGGCAAUAACAAUAAUCAACUAA